CGACAAUCGCGCGACUCGCCCGUCUUGGCUGCAAAAGCUGCAAUCGUACGGUAUAUACAAAGCAAGAAACAAAAAGUGCAAAAAGCUCGCUGCAAUUGCCAAAUUGUUGUUAGUGCGUGUGGUCAAAUAAAUAAGCAAAAUCGCGAGCACAUACAUUUCCGAAAGACACCAACCAAGGAUUGUGAAAUUCUCGCCCCAAACAAAUGAAAACAACAGAAUAUAUAAUUUAUAUUGCUAAACCAGUGGAAACUAACCAAUAAAUAAAUAAUCAAUUUAACAAAAAGAAACAAUAAUCAAAAUGCACGUGUAUUACAAAUUUGGCUUGCUCUUGAUAUUUUUGCUAAGCGUCAGCAUCAGCCACACAUUUGCAGCUCCAGCCGCUGGACAACAGAACAACAGUUCGGCUGAGGACUAUUUAUACGAUGAUUAUGACUACAGUGAAGAGACGGCGUCCAAGGGAUCACCGGAGACAGCUGAAAACAGACUGAUGCCAUUCACAUCCUCAACAUCAACCACAACCACAUUUCGACCGACAUUUAAUAUACCACGACGCAGCAAUCUGGUGCUGGAGCCCAGCUGUCCACGGCAAUGCCGCUGCCUGGAGGACAAGUAUAUCCAGUGCUCCAAUGCUCAUCUCACCCACGUGCCCCUGGACAUUCCGAGGACGGCGGCCAUCAUAGACUUGAGCUAUAAUGUGAUUGCCGAACUGAGGCCAGAGGACUUUGCCAAUCUAUCCCGUCUGGUGGAGAUCAAUUUGAAUCACAAUCUGCUCAGUCAUCUGGACAAGGAGGCCUUCCAUGGCUUGGAGCGUUUGAGGCGGCUGCGUUUGGCCAACAAUCGUCUCACCAAAAUCGAACCCGAUACCUUUGUGGGGGCCACAGACCUGGAGCUGCUCGAUCUGAGCAACAAUUCAAUCAGCCAGCGAUUGGAUGGAUCAUUUCUCAAUCAACCCAGUUUGAUUGAGUUCAGUUGCUCGAAUUGCAGCUGGACGGAGCUGCCGGAGCAGACGUUCGUGAAUAUGAGUGCCCUGCAAACGCUGCGCUUGAACAACAACAAUUUCGAACAGAAAAUCAAUACGCGAGCUUUUGCACCGCUAAGAAACAUAAUUAAGCUAAAACUGCCAGAACUGGACCAGGAAAACAUCGAGGAACUGUGCAACCUGCUCAAGUCGAUUGAUAACAUCAGCUUCAGGCACUUUGAUGUGAGCUGCUUCGAGCUAGUGCUGGGCACAUCGUUCAACGAGAGUCUGAUCCAGGCCACAGAUCCGCCCUUCAAGCGGGUGACGGGCCUGCCCACAGCUGCCACCACAGCACGGCCAGCCGCAACCCCCGCCCCGACACGCACAGCGAAUCGCAAUCGGAAUAAAAUGGCCAACGGCACGGCGGCGGCGGCCAUUGAAGUGGCAAAGGCUGGCAUCAUGGGCACAGUGACCGAGAGCAGUGGGGUCUCUGUGGAUGCGACCACGGAAAAGGAGCAGCCCUAUCAGGUGCCCAUCUCACAGGAGACAAUCAACACGCUGCUCAUCUGCAUCAUGGUGCUAGCGGUCAUUGGCAUUGUCAUUGGCCUCAUUUGCCGCAAGGAUGUGGGCGGCAUCAAGACCAAAUGCUGCCGCACCAGCAAACCGGAGCCAAAGGAUCAGGUGCAUCCCACUGAGGAGAUACCAUUAAAUAAGUUAGCCUAAGUAGAAAAAAAAGACAAUUUUCCGAAUUUCUAACCAAGAAACAAACACGUUCCACUUUACAAGCAUUUUUUGCCAGAUAGCCAUAGAUGUAUACUUUGUAUGUAUGUCUUAAUUUAUAUGGGAUAACUUAUCUGUAGAAUGCGAAAAUUAGUUAACUACUUUGACGUCAUAAUACAUAGACAAUUGUAGUAGUCGUUCCCAUUGUUCUCUAGCACCAAACACAACACAAGCACAGCACAGCCAGCCAAUUGCUGUCCACCAGGGUUCUAGUUCGUUUUAGUCGGAGUAUGUAGGUUAAACUAGCUGCCUAGUCGGGAGCAAGGGAAGCAGGAGGAGAAGACUCUACGCUCUUCUAUGCUUAGUUUGCAUAUAAAAAUGUAUGUCACUUUAGUUUUUAGUUUUAUGUUCGUGUGUGUGUGUGUGUGUGUCGUAGCUAUAGACGUUUUUGCCAAAAUACAAUAAAAAAAAAAAAACAAUACA